CACAAGAAUCAGCUAAUAUAAUAAUUGAAGAUUUUGAAAAUGAAACUGAUGAAAAUAAUAAAACUGAUCUACACCUCUCUGCAUCUUUUUUAGGAUCUAAAGAUGGUGCUUUUCUCAUGUUGCAAAUGCUUUUGCUUUUGCCCGCUGUCGAGAAAAACCAAGCUUCUUCAUAA